AUGAAGAUGAUGAAUGUGGUCUGGACAUGCAUAGUACUGAUUUCUUUAGUAAUACUCGUAUCCUCGAUUGAUGAAGACCGAAAGGUUUUUAUUGCUUACAUGGGAUUUCUCCCGGAAGGAGAAUAUUCACCUUCAUUACAUCAUUACGAAAUCUUGAAAAAUAUUACCAACCCGAGGUUCGCAAGGAAACCUCUAAUAAGGAGUUACCAAAGAAGCUUUAAUGGAUUUGCUGCUUAUCUCUCCCAAGAAGAACAACAAAAUUUGGCUGGUUUUGAUGGGAUCAUCUCGGUAUUUCCAUGUCAAAAGUUGCACCUCCAGACAACAAGGUCGUGGGACUUCAUGGGAUUUCCAACAACAAUCGAACGGAGUCCAACUGCUGAGAGUGACACGAUCAUCGAAAUCAUUGAUGGCGGAAUAUGGCCAGAGUCGGAGAGCUUCAGCGAUGAAGGCCUUGGUCCUAUUCCCACAAGGUGGAAAGGAGAGUGUCAGGGUGGCACAAAUUUCACUUGUAACAGGAAGAUAAUUGGAGCUCGUUACUAUGGAAUCGAAUAUUCAGUUAGAGACAUGCAUGGGCAUGGGACCCAUGUUGCAUCUACCAUAGCUGGGAGGCAAGGUAACUCGAUUAAUGCUUUCCCUUCGAGUAAUGAAGAGUUGCCUCUUCUUUAUGGAAAACAAGUGACAAGCGAGUGCUCUGAAAAUGAAGCAAGUUAUUGUCAUGCGAAGUGCUUAGAUGGUAGCCUCGUUGAGCAUAAAGUGGUUCUAUGUGAUGAAAAUAGAAACCCGUAUUCAGUAAAAGCAGCAGGAGCCAGUGGUUGUAUCGUCCCAAAUCAUGGAAACAGUGUCUCUGAGGUCGGACCCUUACCUAUUGCUGCUCUAAAUACAAAUGAUAUCAACUUGGUCAAAACCUAUCAAAACUCUAGCAUAAAACCUAAAGUUCAAAUUUUCAAAAGCGAAGCUAUUAACAAUCAAGUUGCUCCUCUCGUCGCCUCAUUUUCUUCCAGAGGACCGAGCAGAUUUAUAUAUGAUAUUAUAAAGCCGGAUGUAACGGCCCCUGGUGUGGAAAUUCUGGCGGCUUAUUCACCAAUGGCUCCGCCAUCUCAUACCUAUAUCGACAAAAGGUCUGUUAAGUACAAUAUCCUAUCAGGGACAUCCAUGGCUUGUCCACAUGUUGCUGCUGCUGCUGCUUUUGUCAAGUCUUUUCACCCAAAUUGGUCUCCCUCGGCAAUUAAAUCAGCACUUAUGACCACAGCAUGGGAAAUGAUUCCUUACCGGAGCUUAGAUACUGAAUUUGCAUAUGGGUCUGGGCAUAUUGAUCCUCACAAAGCUAAAGAUCCGGGUCUUGUGUAUGACACCUCUAAAGAAGACUACCACAAGAUAUGGUGCAGAAUAUUUCAAAGCAUAUUAAAUACUACUUGUGAUGCCAACUUGACGCUUAGACAAAUGAACUACCCUUCCAUGGCAGUUCAAGUUGGCAUGAAUUCUGCAUUUGUGGUGUCUUUUCCAAGAACAGUGACGAAUGUCGGUAAAGCUAAUUCAACAUAUGUUGCAUCCAUAAAAGGAAGCACAAAGCUCAACAUCAUUGUUGAUCCCAACAUUCUACAGUUCACUGCACUAAACCAAAGGAAGUCUUUUGUGGUGACUGUUAGAGGAAAAAGGAUCAAAUCGCCACUAACUGUAGAGAGUGUUUCAUUGUUAUGGACCGAUGAAGAUGAUAUUCACAAGGUCCGUAGUCCAAUUGUGGUGUAUACGGGGAACACCACCAACACCACCUCUAGUGAUCAAAGAGGGUCAACAUGA